AUGGGACGCUACACAGGCAGGACCUCCCGCCUCAUCUUCAUGCUGGUGCUCACCGUCGGCUUCUUCGUGGCCGAGCUGGUGUCGGGCUACCUGGGCAACUCCAUCGCCCUGGUGUCCGACUCCUUCAACAUGCUGUCGGACCUCAUCUCCCUCUGCGUGGGCCUCUCGACGGGGCGCAUCGCCCGGCGCAGCCGCCGCGGCCCCCGCGCUACCUACGUCUUCGUGGAGGCCGCCCUCCGCCUGGCCAGCCCGGAGCCCAUCGACGAUGCUCAGCUGGUGCUCAUCGUCGGCACCCUCGGCCUCGCCGUCAACCUCGUGGGGCUCCUCGUCUUCCAGGACUGGAGCUCCUGCUGCCGCUGCCACCGCCCCCCGUCGCCCGCCCCGCCCGGGAUGGAGGAUGAAGCAGGUGACUCCCCAAAUGACCAAAAGAGCCCUGAAGAGGGGCCUGAGAGGAAAAAACCAAAGAAGUCUGAAGCCUUGAACAUCAGAGGUGUUCUUUUGCAUGUUAUGGGAGAUGCACUUGGAUCUGUGGUCGUGGUAGUUGCUGCUACAAUCUUCCAAGUACUUCCCCUGGGGGAUGCUCCAUGUAACUGGCAGUGCUACAUCGAUCCAAGCCUGACAAUAAUUAUGGUGUUCAUCAUCUUGUCUUCUGCGUUCCCACUUAUCAAGGAGACCUCAACUAUUUUGUUGCAGAUGGUUCCCAAAGGUGUUAAUAUGCAAGUACUGACUGACAGACUAGCUCGUGUACCGGGGGUUAGCAGCCUUCAUGAGGUGCACGUUUGGGAGCUCGCAGGUGGGAAGAAUAUUGCUACUCUUCAUAUCAAGUGCCAAACCCCUACCGAUUACCAAGAUGCUGCUUAUAAAAUACGGAAGGUUUUCCACGAUGCAGGGGUCCAUUCUGUGACCAUCCAGCCUGAGUACAUUGACCACAAGACCUCCCAGCUCCUGUGCAGCUCUCCCUGCAUCUCAAAAUCCUGUGACUCUCAGCUGUGCUGCAGUCAGCGGGAGCCCUCCCUGGCUAAAACCAAUGGCUAUACUGAGAAAAACAACAGUCACCGUUCUGCUCUGCGUAAAGACAAUGGUUCAAGUAGAAGUGAUAUUGAAAUCCCUAUUGAGUCCCCACUGGCAGAGGACAGCAUUAAAAAUGUGAAAACUCGUGGUGUGUCUGAUGAUAAAUCACAGUUGAGCAGUACACGACUUUAG